AUGCUGCACACGCCCCUCCAGGCAGCCGUUUCUCUGCAGGAGCUCCAGGCUGCUUCCGAACAGGACCCUGUGUUCGCCCAGCUCCGCACCUUUAUUCAAGAGGUCCAAGAGUCUCGGAAGAACUGGCACCCUUCCACCACGUCAAGGCUCCUUGCUCUCACUGAGACCUGGAUCAAACCUGAGAACACAGCCACCCCUGCUGCUCUCUCCACCAACUACACCCUCUCCCACACCCCCCGUCCUUCUGGGCGAGGAGGCCAGCUGGGUGGCUUCACUGAUGAGCUAGAUACCCUGCUCUCUUCCAUACCUGAUCAUGACUGUCCGUUGCUUGUCCUGGGCGACAUGAACAUCCACUUCGACAGUCCAGACUCUAAUAACUUCAUUACGUUAAUUCAUUCAUUCGACCUCCAGCUGGUCCAAAGUCCUCCUAUUCACAAAGCUGUGAUGCUUGUUUUCAUUCUGCUUGGUCAACAAGUUCAGAACAUCUAUGCAGAUUUCCGUAUUGUUCCAGACAAACUGCAGGUCUUUAAAUAUGAGUCCGUCUCUUUUCACUGUGAGGGUCUUGAUGGCUCUGCUCAGUUGAGAGGAAUCAGAAAUAUUGAAGAGUUUAUUUCAGAAUGCGAACAGAGAACACCGGUACUAUCCUGCAGGAUCCCAAGAGCCUAUCAUGGAGACGCUGGAGAGUACUGGUGUGAGACUGAAGGAGGAGAGAGGAGCAGCAGCGUCAACAUCGCUGUCACUGCAGGUUCUGUGAUCCUGGAGAGUCCUGUCCUGUCUGUGAAAGAAGGAAACAAAGUGACUCUGAGCUGCAGGAACAAAACCAUAUCUACCAACUUUACAGCUGAUUUCUACAAAGAUGGCCUCCUCAUCAGCAGCAGCUCUACAGGAAACACAACCAUCCACAGUGUGUCCAAGUCUGAUGAAGGACUCUACAAGUGCAGCAUCUCUGAUGGUGGAGAGUCACCAGAGAGCUGGCUGAUUAUUCAAGCUCUUCACAGAGAGACUCGUCCCUCCUCGGAUCACUACAUUUAUCUUCUCCUCCUUUUGAGGACGGUGUUCACCAUAGUGAUGGUGGCUCUGCUGCUGCUGCUGACUCUGCAGAUGCUGGUGAUAAUUUGA